AUGCCGCAGAACGAAUACAUUGAGCGUCAUCAAAAGCUUUACGGUAGGAGGCUCGAUUAUGAAGAGAGAAAAAGAAAGCGAGAGGCUCGUGAGCCUCACAAACGUGCUGAAAAGGCGCGCAAAUUGCGAGGUAUCAAGGCAAAGAUCUAUAAUAAAGAGCGCCGAAAUGAAAAGAUUCAAAUGAAAAAGAAAAUCAAAGCUCAUGAAGAGAAAAAUGUUAAACAAAACACAGAGAAAGUUGCCGAGGGCGCCUUGCCUGUAUAUCUCCUUGACAGAGAUGUACAAUCCCGUGCUAAAGUGUUAUCUAACAUGAUCAAACAAAAACGCAAAGAAAAGGCUGGCAAAUGGGACGUGCCUAUACCAAAAGUUAGAGCACAGGCCGACGGUGAGGUAUUCAAAGUGUUGAAGUCUGGCAAAACUAAACGUAAGGCCUGGAAGCGAAUGGUCACUAAGGUUACAUUUGUUGGGGAAAACUUCACCCGUAAGCCUCCUAAGUUUGAGAGGUUCAUCAGACCUAUGGCUUUACGCUUUAAAAAGGCUCAUGUCACACAUCCUGAACUCAAAGCAACAUUCUGCUUACCAAUCAUUGGUGUCAAGAAAAAUCCAAGUUCACAAAUGUAUACUAGUUUAGGAGUUAUUACUAAGGGUACAGUACUGGAGGUGAACAUAUCUGAACUUGGUUUAGUAACACAGGCUGGUAAAGUGGUGUGGGGGAAAUAUGCACAAGUUACGAACAAUCCUGAGAAUGAUGGCUGUAUAAAUGCUGUACUUUUGGUAUAA